CGUAUGAUGACCAUAACGAUCUUUUGAGUUGCUUCCGUUGCAUUUCAACGCUUCAAAGUUUGAAGACACUCAAAUUCAGCAUCACAAAUCCCGUGGUUAGGCAUGAUCAUGUUUUUCCGGUGACUCCAUGGUCAUUGAAGUUGCCACCUCAUUUAAGAAAGUUACAUUUGAGUGGAAUGGGUUUUCCUUUAAAAUAUAUGUCAUUGGCAAUUUGCCAGGGCUCGCUGCACUCAAAUUGCGUUCCUACGCCUUUCAGGGUUCACGGUGGGAUGCACAAAGGAAUAGUUUUCGUGAGCUUCAGUUUCUUCUAAUUGAAGAUAGUGAUUUGGUGCAAUUGAAACCAUCCCUAGGCUUCACUAGUCUUAAUUACUUAAGCGUGAAGCAUUGCUACAAACUAAAAGAGAUCUGUAGGCCUGCUUCUCUGUACACAGAUUUCAAUACUGUAGAGAUUGAGUUGGAGGACUGCAAUCCUUUAGCCUUGACUUGUGUCAGCCAAUUACGACCGGGAGAUCUUAAUACGCUGAAUGUUAUCGCCUCUUCUUCUUUUUACGAGAAACCGACAACUAUAAAAAUUCGAAGACAUGGAAGCGGCAAGUUACGCAGGCGGGAAGAAUGGGAAGUUGAGGAUAUAAACGAAGAUCAAAAUUUUGAAGGCAAGGGUGAUGAUGAGUAUACAAAUACAAGUGAGGAGCAUGAGGAAGAGAGUGAUGGUGAAUACACGUCUGAUGAUGAGGAUACAGAAGGCGACGAUUUGAUGAAGAUAUUGCCACUCGAGGAGAGGGUGAUGAAGGCGAGGGCGUUGAUGAGGAUACAGAAGAAGAGGAUGAGGAAGAGAGUGAUGACGAAUAUGCGUAUGAUUAUGGCGAAUAGGAAACAGAGGCAAGCACCAACGUCAAGGAGGAUGAGUGUGACUUCAUGGGGAUGUUUGAGGAUAAGGAGGUUGAAGGUGAAGAACACUGCAGAUUUUUGGGAAGCCAUUGUAAUAGGCUUAGAAAAUGUGUUCUGUUUCAAAUUGUUGUUCAUAUUACACGGUCUCUCCUUUUCUAUGGUCCUUACCAUCAAUAUCCAAUCCGAAUAGAAGUUGGUUUCAGGUUGCUAAGGGAAAUAGAUGCUCUUACACAACGUUUCUAUACUUUCCCAAUACAAAUUCUCUCACUAGUCUAACUAAAUUACCUUGCUUUAACU